AUGUCGUCAAGGGAUAUAUCGGCAAUCGAAGAAGGCAUCACUGAACCGGAAGAAGAGCGCAGAAAAUCUGCAAACGACGAAGGAUCAACCUUCUGCACCUCAAAUAGUGUUGUCGUGAUCACCCAAAAAGUGAUUGCAGAGGCGAUCGGGACGUACUUCUUGAUAUUUAUAGGUUGCGGUUCGGUGGCGGUGGAUAAAAUAUACGGAUCAAUAACAUUUCCGGGGAUAUGCAUUGCAUGGGGUUUGACUGUCAUGGUCAUGGUCUACUCCGUCGGCCAUAUUUCCGGCGCCCAUUUUAAUCCAGCCGUCACCAUUACUUUCGCCAUUUUCCGACAAUUCCCUUAUAAACAGGUGCCUCUAUACAUAGUGGCGCAGUUGUUGGGGUCGAUUCUUGCGAGUGGAACGUUGUACCUUGUGCUCGAUGUGGGAAAAGAUGAUUACUUUGGAACCCUACCGAUUGGAUCCAACGUACAAUCCCUCGUCAUCGAAUUCAUUACGUCUUUUCUCUUGAUGUUCGUCAUUUCUGGUGUUGCCACAGAUAAUAGAUCUAUUGGAGAACUGGCUGGAAUUGCGAUUGGAAUGACUAUACUCGUCGACGUUCUCGUUGCUGGGCCGGUAUCAGGAGGAUCGAUGAAUCCAGCAAGGAGUAUAGGGCCGGCAAUAAUAAUGCAUGAAUACAAGGGGCUUUGGGUAUACGUAGUUGGUCCUAUUGUAGGCACAAUAAUGGGUGGUUUUACUUACAAUUUGAUCAGAUUUACGGACAAGCCCCUCCGAGACGUUACCACUAAAACCGCUUCUUUCCUCGCUGGUAAUACUAAUACUGCAUCAUCCAGGGCCUAG